AGGUGUCACGACAAACGUCGAUAAGCGCGUUAAUGACUCUGAUCAAAUUGCACAAAUAGGGGGCCCACAAAUAGGAAACUAUCAAACGAUUUUUACUGAAUUUUAAGGUUGAGCUCAGUUCCUAAAUCUAUCUGAAAUGAGUGGCAUGGAUGUACACGAUAUCCUAGAGCUGGACAGGGGACCAGAGAAAGAGUUCAUCACCAAAGAUGCAUUGAUGAACAGUGAUAAAAAGAAAAAGCUCGCAAGGAAAUCAGAUGCAAAUACGUUUAAAAAGCCUGAAGGCAUGCACAGAGAGUUGUGGGGGCUGCUAUGGACUGAUAACAGGUUUCCAUGCAACAAGGAUGCCCCGCCCCUGAUCCCCACGGACACCAAUCAGGGCUACAAGCAGAUGAAGGCAAAGAUCGGCAGCAGCAAGGUGCGCCCAUGGAAGUGGAUGCCGUUCACAAACCCGGCGCGCAAGGAUGGCGCGAUAUUCCACCACUGGCGGCGAGUGGCAGAUGAGGGGAAGGACUAUCCAUUCGCCAGGUUCAACAAGCAACCUGAGGUGCCAGUCUACUCGGAUCUGGAGUACCAGCAGCAUCUCCAUGACGACAACUGGUCCAGGCAGGAAACCGACCACCUGUUUGAGCUGUGCAAGCGGUUUUCGCUUCGUUUUGUUGUCAUGUACGACCGCUGGGACCGUGACAAGUUCUCCAGCCGCAGUGUGGAGGAUCUGAAGGAGAGAUACUACAACAUCUGUAACAAGCUCGUCAAGGUGCGGGCUCCGCAUGGGGCUGAACCAAAGAUCCGAGCGUAUGACGCGGAGCACGAGAGGAAGCGGAAAUCUCAACUCAUCAAAUUGUUUGAAAGAACUACUGAACAGGUGGAAGAAGAGGAGAAGUUAAUAGAAGAGCUGAAGAAGAUCGAGCUAAGAAAGAAGGAGAGAGAGAAGAAAACUCAGGAUCUACAGAAACUGAUCACUGCGGCAGACAGCAACAUUGACAGUCGGAAAUCAGACAAGAAAAAAGCAAGCAAAAAGUUCCCACAGACUCAGAAAUUGCACAAGGAAACAACAGCACUAACACCAGAGACUACUGGCAUAAAGUUUCCAGAUUUCAAACAGCCAGGGGCAUAUGUAAGAAGUCAGAAGAUGAAAUUACCAGCAACAAUUGGUCAGAAGAAAACCAAGGCUAUUGAACAAGUGUUGGAAGAAAUGGGAAUAGAGUACAACCCUAUGCCAACGGAUGAGAUUACUGGGCACUUCAACGAGUUACGACAGGACAUCGUGUUGCUGUAUGAGCUAAAACUGGCCCUGGCCACGUGUGACUACGAACUGGAGACUCUUAAACAUCAGUAUGAAGUACUCAAUCCUGGCAAGACGCCUGAUGUUCCAUUACCAGAGACCCCAGACCCCCUGGUGGACAUUGGACAGAGAGAUGAUGACAGCAGUAGAGAUAACAUAGAUGUUGUCGGGUCACUGACACCAAAUAGAAAACGAAAGGCUGCUUUAGAGUCCACAACAGCCCAUUUACUGAAGAAGAUGAAGAACAGAGUUUGAAAAUGCUGCAGUGUGCAAUAUAAGACUAGCAAAACUGAAGAACAAGUGCAAGAUACCAGACCUUAUUAGUGGCUGGAUUUCUCAACAGCAGUAGAAAUUGUGACUUUCACUUGACAGAAGUUUGUUUCCUGUACCCAUGCCUAGAUAUGGGAAGGGAAUACAAGAGGUGGCAUUUGCAUAUGACGGUAUUCUUUGGAACUCUUACGUGCUAAGUAAGCCACAAUCAAAUUGGUCAUAAUUUUCAAUCAUGUGAAAAUGAUACUUUUGAGCUGUGAGAUGGGACACAUUUGAGACAACUUUCAUUUUGUAUUUUUACAAAAUGUUUGUAGUUAUGGAUGGGAUCAUGUCUGCAUAUAAUGACAUAUGCUUUGAAAAAACAUGUGUUCAAAUAAAUGUUAAGUGUCUGUAA